GCUACGAAAAAGGAGCCAAAAGUCUCCUGCAGGCUCCCAGUUUCCUGCUGCCCACCAAGAUCAGGGAAGGAGGAGAUGCUUGGGUUAAAAUAAUCAAAGGGGGGGCAAGCUGACUUUUGGCUUGGAGUCCCCGGCGAUGAGGGAUAGCUUUGGAAACUCCUGACGUUCCGGGAUCUUGGCUCUGUUUGGGUUGCAGCCCGGGAUUUUAACAGUUUCUCCAGUAGCGUCUGUGUGGAAAGGGCCACACAACCUCCACAACAACGACGGCUUUUGCCUGCAUUUUCCAGUGUUUCUUUUGUCAACAAGUUCAGCAAAAUUGUUUCCCAAGUGCCAGCCCUGAUCAGACCGAGGAGCCAGCGACAGAAAUGGUCAAAAUGACAAAAUCCAAAACGUUCCAGGCGUACCUGCCAAAUUGUCACCGAACCUACAGUUGUAUCCACUGCAGAGCCCACCUGGCCAAUCACGACGAGCUCAUUUCCAAGUCUUUUCAGGGGAGCCAGGGACGAGCCUACCUCUUUAAUUCCGUGGUGAAUGUGGGCUGUGGACCUGCGGAAGAGCGAGUUCUCCUGACGGGCUUGCACGCUGUAGCAGAUAUUUAUUGUGAAAACUGCAAAACCACCCUCGGAUGGAAAUACGAACACGCGUUUGAGAGCAGCCAGAAAUACAAAGAAGGGAAAUUCAUCAUCGAGCUCGCUCACAUGAUCAAGGACAACGGCUGGGAAUGAACUGCAAUAGGACUCCUUGUCUUUGGACAGACAACCCAUCUAGGGAAACAGGCUUAUAUUUUAUAUAUAUAUAUAUAACAAAGAAAAGACUCCAUGGGGGUGGGGAGAAAAAAAAGAAGAAAAGAAAAAACAAAAUGGGGCUGAGCUGAGUUGAGAAAAAUCUCAUCCGCCCAGUGAUGUGAUGUUGCGGUCCUUCCCUUCUCUCCAGAAUAUCUCUGCCCUGGGGUUUUUGUGUGCGCGUGUGCGUGUGCAUUCUUCCCUCCCUCUUCCCCUCCUCUCUGUGCAAAUCCCCUCUUUUUUUUUAAUCUGUGCAAACCCGUUAUUUUUGGACGAACCUUUUUCUAUGCGCUCCAGGAGGGGGAAUUCCAGACCUCCGGGUCACCUGUGCUAAGGUAGCUCUCUCUCUCUCCUUUUGACCGACGCUUUCGGUUGCUCCUUUUGUGGUUUGAUUGCCGAUUGUCCGCUCCAGGGUUUGAAAGGCGGCCCUGCACGGACGGUCCCGAGAAUGUAUAGGAUGGAGGACAUCUUUUAUUUUAGGCCCCUCCUCUAAUUAGCCAUUUCUGUAGUCUCUUUGCGGUGAGAAGGAUUGCAGUAUUCUACUACUCAUUUAUUCUUUCUUUCUUUUUUUUUUUAAAGCAUACCGCGGCCCAUUAGAUAUUAUUUUGGCUAGGUUUUGCUGAGAGAUUUGGUUAGCCGGUGUGACUGAAUCUAGCCAGGAUUUGCUUGUCUGUUUGGUUGUGUUUUGUUCUUUAAAAGAGAAACUGUCAGAAAAGAGAUUGAGUAAUAAUUUACAAGGCUAGCUUCAAACUGUAGAUCCAAAUCAGAUACAUUAUGAAGAGAAGCUGAAAAGAUUUUUGCCCCUGUUAAAAAGGAAAAAAACAAAACGAAGAAUGUACAGCAGGGUCUUUUAAGAUCAAAGGGCUGGAAAAAUACGCAGCUCUUAUUUUUAAUAUGUCGGUUUCAAAUGUUUUUGGUACUGUACCUUGGGAAUGGGAAAAAGGAUUUCUUUUAUGGCUGGUUCCAUGUAGUUUUACCUAGUUUUAAUGCACUGGAUGCGAGGAGGGUAGUUUCACAAUCAUCCAAGUCCCCGGCUUUGGCAAUACUGAAGCACACACCAAAAGUGUGCAGUUGUGUGCGAGUUGUGUUGCAUGAGUGCGUACGAAAAAGCUGUCACCGAUCCCUCUGGAGCAGGUGGUUAAAAAAAAAAAAAAGUUUCGCAAGCGAAUAAAAAGUGACAACUUGGCGUUU